AAAGUGUCCGGGGGAGUGAUGGGGGUGUAAGCGAGCCAAAUAAUCUGUAAUUAUCAGAUGGUGGACCGCGCUGCCGGGGCGUCGCCAGGAAGCUCGCUCCCAACCCCACACACACAUACUCUAAAACAGCUGUGAAUUUGUUAAUAUAUUCAAGAAGCGGCUAAGUUGCAGCAGCUGACUUUGUUGCUCAAGGAUCUGAGAAUUAUUAUAAUGAUAUCUCCCAACUCCAUAAAAGUGGGAGAUAUGGUAAUGAUGCUGAUGAUGGUACUCCAUCCAUACUAUACUUUGAGUCUGCAGUUGUGUACAAUAAAUCCAAGCCUGAAGGAACUUCUCCGCAAGUUCAGAUUUCGUCGUGCUACAACAAAUGCUGCUAUCAUAAUGAAGGUAAACCAGCAGUCCUCCGAGAUAAUCUUAGAGGAGGAGUUGGAUAACAUUGAGGAUGUGGAUGAACUACGAAAUUCUAUCCCAGACACUCAGCCUAGGUAUGUCCUCAUUUCUUGGCGCAUUGAGCAUCAAGAUGGUAGAGUCUCCUAUCCAAUGGCUUUCAUCUUUACCACACCGAGAGACUGUCAACCGCAACUGCAGAUGAUGUAUGCUGGGAGCUACAGUCACAUGAUUAAGGAAUGUGAUCUAACCAAGGUGUUCCAGAUACGUGACUUGGAAGAACUGGAUGAAGAAUGGAUCCAGACCAAUCUUGUAAAGUGAAGGAAGAUAAUUGGAAAUGCCUCAGGAGCCUAAGUGUAUGAUGGAUUAUUAAUUCACGAUUUUGACAUUUUCAGAUAAUUUAUUUGUAGAUUUGUAAGAGCAAUAAUGUAUUUAUUUAAUGCAGUCAUAUGAGAAUAGUUUUUCUGGAGAUAUAUAAGAUUGUUGAUGCCAAAAUUUUUAACAAAUUUCCUGAACAGUUUAAUCCCUUUGGUCAUAAGCACACUGCAACUUUUACAAAUCAGUGAAACAUUGCAAAAUAACAUUAUUAAUACUGUAUCUGUUGGUAAGAUUUGACGUGUGUGUGUGCCUUUGCUUAGGCUUUCCUGGUUUACUCUCUCACUGAUGAGACUAGGGUCAGCAGCCAUGUCCACCAUAAUUUACUGUUGUUCCCACUCCCAUUGAUAGAAUGGUAACACCUUUUAGUGCCACCAUUAUUCCCACUCCCAUUGAUUACAGAAUGGAGGUAUUACCACCAUUAUUUAGCUUUAAUAUUAUGUGUUAUCCAUUAUUUUCCACAAAACAAGUGCUUUGCUUCUAUACAAGCCAAUCCAUCAUACAAAAUACUCUUGUAAACUUGAGUUUGCAGGCCUCCUGGUACUAAAAUUAACACACAAAAGCAUGAAGCAAAGCACAGGGUAAAACUCUACACGGGGGCAAUGGUGCUGGAGGAAGAUAGUUUUGUGUCAGAAAACCAGGUCCAGUUAGUUAUUAAAAUUUGUGUUGCCAAGUUCUUGUAUGGACUGUUAUUGUAUAUUUAGGAGCACAUGACUUUUAUUAAUAGAG